CGAGAGAAAGCAAAAGAGAGAGAGAGCGAAAGAGCGAGAGAGCGGGAAAGCUCUGCGCUAGCAGCAACAGAGCGCAAGCGUUGGUAAAACGGGAGAGAGUGACAGCGAGAGAAAGAGAAAUAGAGAGCGAGUGCUUGGGGUAAACAUUUGUUGAGCCAAGGGUUUGUUUUGGCUUCGACUUUCGCUUUCGCUGCCACCAAAAAGAAAAAAGUAGUAAAAGUAAAAGUGCGCAAUGCCGUAUCCUUUUGCCAGCCCUGGCUACUCUCUCCCAGCACAGUUUCUUUCAGGCACGCACAGCAGAAGGACGUGUUAGAUUGCAGCGCGCGGAGCUUGGCCUCAAAACAAAUCAAAAGUCAAUCAGCAGGAACAGCAGCAGGAACAACAACGACAGCAUAGAAAAAACCCAUUAGCAACAUAAUCAAAUAAACGAAUCGAGCAUAUAAGCAAACUAUAUCAAGUAUACGUUUGCUAAAAUUGGAAAACCAGAAAGUGCUAUAAAUACUCAGCACACACAACUAAUCGAAGUUACGCCCCCUAUUUGUGUGAUAGCCCAGUGCUGCAAACAAACUCAAUCACCUUGAAAACGGCUGAGGGUGACAGACACAGGACACCAGCACCAGCAGCAGGACAAGAAAUCAACAAGUCGUAAAUUGUGAACUAGAAAUCGUAGUCAUCGUCGUUGUUGUUGUUGUUGUUGUUGUUGUUGCUGUCAAAGAUGGCGCGACGCAAGGAUAAGCCGCGUCUCAUACCCGAGCAGGAUAAGCGCAUCUGCCGCGCCAUCUGCCUCUGCCAACUCACCAUGGUGCUAUCCUGUGUAUCCAUUGUGUAUCUCAGCGUGGCCAUCUACUCGCCCUCACUCAAGUAAGUGUUGUUACAAAAGCAAAGUGCGACAGACAAGCUAAUAAGUUUCUAUAGAGCCUUCAAAUCGGGCUUUGAACUGGAUCCGGUUAUGUGCCAAACUGUGGAUCGUCAGAUGCCCAACAAUUGUCCCUGGGCCUCAUGUGGCGAAUGGUGUCUGACCAGAACCAGCGGCUUCUGCCCACAAAUACACUCAGUGGUGCGUCGCAAUGGGACGGAUAUACAGCUAAACAACUGUAGCCGUAUAGCAAAUACUUCCUGCGCCAUGAUUGACCUGAAUCGCCUGAACAAGUUCAACUGCAACAAUGGCACCGUUUGCAACAACAUACGCGGCGUUUUCAACUGCUCCAAUGGUCAUUGCAAGAACAUGUCCGAGUUCUUUUUAUGCCAUCACAAGCCGGAUGGGCCUACGAUAAACUCUGCCAAGGAUAAUACCAAGCUGAAUGGCUUCUUCGAAUGCCACGGCGUGCACUGCACCAAGAUUAAGCGACCCUUCAGCUGCGAUCGCUACUGCUCACGCAUCACCACCACCAACGUCAAUACGCUUAUUAUGCAUGAGGACAAUCUUAUUACCGCCGACUGUGAGAGCGCAGUGGCCUUCAAUGAGGCGCGUGGCAAGGAGCAUGGCGUGCGCAUUAAUCCCACCGAGAUUUGGAAGGAGGACGAUGGCAAUCUGCUGACCAACUGUGCGACAGUUACGCGUGAAUCGGACAAUCGCAUCACCGCCACGGACUGUAUUAACGGCACCUUACUAGAGCAUGAGACGCUGCCAGCGCCAUUUAUGAACUUUACACAGUUCUGGGCCAUCUAUGACAACAGCACACGCGCUGUGGAUUCCGAGCAAAAGUUCCUGCCCAAUCAGGCUAAUCUGACCAUAUACCCCUGGAAGAAACUCUUUAUUAAUCUGGAGGGCUGCGUUAAUACGCUGCGUGGCGAGUGCAAGGACUUUGUGGCGCGCUAUGGCAGCGAUGGCGACAACAAUACGGCACAGUCACGCUACCAAUGCUACUACAACAAGGAUACCAAUGUGGAGUUUGUGGUCGCACGCUAUGAUCUGGACAAAGUGUACAGAGAGCUGCUGGUGUCACUAAUUUUGCCCAUAGUGCUGUUUGUUAUAUCCUCCAUAUCGCUGUGUAUUAUAACCAAGUCCGUAAAGGUGGGCGACGAUGCCAAGAUGCGUUGUGUGUGCGCUGGUGAGGAUUCCGAUGAUGAUGUCUUUGGCAAUGCCAAGGCCAACACACAGCCUGAUCAAGUGUACGAUACGGACGAUGAUGCAGUCGACUUGGAGCAGCAGGGCGCUGCAGCUGAGGGCGGUGAAGAGAUGCUAGUAAUAGAGCAGGAAAUACGCUUGGAGACGCAUGAAAUGAUUGGCAGCACCAAGUCGCUGAUACCCUUGAGUCCAACGGACAAUAGUGCGCAAUAUUUGGUAGAGGAUGAAGAUGAAAAGGCAGCCAAAUGCGAUGUGCCAGAGAAGCCACUGGUUAUACUCUAAGCCAAGUUAGCAACGACUUAAGCUACAAACUGCUCCCAAACCCAAACACUUAGCAAUCUUUACUCUCAAACAAUGGAAACUGAAUUUACUUUCUACUCAGCGCUAUUUACCUCAACUUUUAGUAAAACUCAACAACGAUAGCACUCUUUAGUUCUCUGCUAGAUAACUCUAAUUAGUAACAAUUUUAAUACUCAAGAGCUUUAUCAAUCUCUGCCUAGAGAGAUUUUGCGAACAGCCCCACAACACAAUUUGGUUCAGUUGAUGUGCCUUCGACAAUCUGCAUUUAUACAACUGUCAAACCAACGAACAAUUCGCCAGAACUAACAAACGAAAUAGCGCAAGAGUCUGCUGAACCAAACUCAAAGCCUUCGGGUUUUAACCAAACUGGGAACACAGCACCAACAUUUUUGGGCAACUGCAUUUACUUUUAGUACAUAGUAUUUACAAGUACGCGAACCUAACUUAACUGCAGACACCAAUUUACUAAAGUAAGAAAGGCAUUUCGACUUUGCCUAAGUUUUUUCGAUUUCGUAGCUAUGCAAUAUACAACAGAUAUACCUAUUAUAUAUAUAUAGCAUGUUAUACUAUUAGUUUAGCUUAACUCGGGGAAGUGCACCAAAGCAGGCUUGACUAACUACACUUUUGAUUAA